CAGACCAUAUCGUGCUGUUGUAGGGUGUUUCUGCUCGACUCCACAGAGAUUAUUUAAUCCAACAGCUGUGUCUGUCUGCAGGUUUUGGUGGAGGAUGGCAACGAUGGCGCUUUGGACGGCGGUGCUCCUCAUUUAUGGAGUCUCUACAGGAAUUGCAAUGGACUACAACAAACCUGGAUCGAGCAACAACAAACCUGGACCGAGCAACAACAAACCUGGACCGAGCAACAACGCUGAACUUCAACUGGACAUGGCUCCGAACUCUGUCGACGACAUGUACGAUGGCUGUCAGGAUAAAAUGGCGAAGGCGGUGAUGACCCACUACCUGGAGAAUGAGAAGAACAAGAACCUCCAAUUCAAAGAGGCCUGGGCCAUGGCAGAGACCCAGUACAAUAGGAAAUGGAAGAAGAAGGCCCCCACUGUGGGAAGAGAGCAGACUUUAGCCAUUUAUGUUUACACCUUUAUCACAGGAGACAUGCAUCGUCCCCUUAAUGACGCCGUUCGGACCCAGGGACCUCAGUACAAGACCACAUUCGGGUAUCACGCACUUCACUUCCUCCUGACUGACGCCAUUCAGUCUAUGAACGCUCGCAGGCUGUCACAGCUCUCCGAUGGAGAGGACAAGUGUCUCACCGUCUACCGUAGAGUCAACGGCUACUUUCCCCAGGAUGUCGUCAACAAGCCAGUUCGCUUUGGCUCUUUCACCUCAACCUCAAAGGGUCAGUACCCCAAAGCCAAUGUCUUUGGCACCAAGUCGUGCUUUGAGAUCAUCACGUGCAUGGGAGCAGACGUCUCGAUGCACUCUAAAUUCGAGAACGAAAUAGAAGUGCUGAUUCCUCCUUACGAGGUCUUUAAAGUCGUGGAGGUUCUGCAGAAAUCAGACAAGCAGCCAUGUGAAGUUGUCUAUAAACUGAAGAGUACAGGACAACCCGUGUCCAAUCUGAAUUGUGCUCUUUUUGAAAAUUAAGCACUCUCACACGUUUUACGUACAGUUAACGAAACAUGUCAGGAUUUAGGAUUUUUAAACAUUGCAAAUUAUCUUUAAUUAAAACAAUUGACAAAA